UCACUUGAUUGUAGCCUUCUCUUUUUUGCUGUGUGAACAAGGAAGAAUUUCCUCAAACCUUUCUCUCCUUCAAACCCUUUUUACUUUGCCAUUUUUGAUGCAAAUGCAAGUCUUCGAAAUGGGGAUCCUUUGUCUCUUCAACAGUGGAUCUCUUUUGCUCUAGUUCUACAACUUCUUUCUCAAGUUGUCGUCUUUAUUGAUUUGUAAACUUAGCUGCUGAAAUGGGUUGUUGGAGUGAUUUCAUCUUUUGAAUUUUGAUCAUCUCUUUGUCAUUUUGAGGUUGUCUCUUCUUUUUCUUUUUGGUAUUAAAUCUUGCUUUGAGUUUGUCAACAUAUGGCACCAAAAGGGGAUUUUUUCCCAUGGUGGGCAAAGGAUACAAGGAAGGGAACUCCAGUGAUAGUAACUAUGGAAAAUGUUAACUAUUCUGUAGUAGAAAUUGAUGGCCCUGAUUCAGCAUUUAGGCCGAUAGACAAAGAUAGAGUGAAAAAUGCUAAGCAGUUUACAUGGGUUUUGAUUCUCAAGGCAAAUCGAGCUGUCGGUUGCCUUGCUUGGAUAGGUCAUAUCCUCUGGGUAUUACUUGGUGCCAUCAAGAAAAGGCUUUUCUUUAGGAGAGGGGUGGCUAUGGAGAGUGAGAAAUCUGGCAAGGGAAAAUUGCUGUUUAGAGUCAUCUUGGGUUUGUUAAUAACUUCUUUGGCAUUCUUGGCUUUUGAAGUGAUUGCUCAUUAUAUGAGAUGGCCUUAUUUCCAAGAACAUAAUUUGCACAUCCCACAAACUUUAGAGAUAAGGGGUUGGUUGCAUUUGAUAUAUGUUUCUUGGUUGGGUUUUCGAGCCGACUACAUUGCUCCUCUCAUUCUAGCUUUCUCUAAAUUCUGUGUUGUUCUCUUCCUGAUUCAGUCUUUAGACAGGAUGAUCCUUUGUCUAGGUUGCUUCUGGAUCAGAUACAAGAAUAUAAAGCCAACAAUCAAUGGGGAUCCGUUUAAUUUGGGCGAUUUGGAAGGCUCUAAAUACACCGUCCCUAUGGUUCUUGUUCAGAUUCCAAUGUGUAAUGAGAGAGAGGUAUACGAACAAUCAAUCUCAGCAGUGUGCCAACUUGAUUGGCCUAAAGAGCGGUUGCUGAUUCAAAUUCUUGAUGAUUCUGAUGAUGAGAGUAUUCAGUGGUUGAUUAAGGGAGAGGUGUCCAAGUGGAUGCAGAAGGGUGUCAAUAUUGUAUACAGGCAUCGACUAAUCAGAACUGGUUAUAAGGCCGGGAACUUGAAAUCUGCAAUGAGUUGUGAUUAUGUUAAGGAUUAUGAGUUUGUUGCAAUAUUUGAUGCUGAUUUCCAACCAAACCCAGAUUAUCUUAAGCUUACAGUUCCUCAUUUCAAGGACAACCCUGAACUAGGAUUAGUUCAGGCCAGAUGGGGUUUUGUGAACAAGGAUGAGAAUUUGCUGACACGCCUCCAAGACAUCAAUUUGUGUUUUCAUUUUGAGGUGGAACAACAGGUCAAUGGAGUCUUUCUGAAUUUCUUUGGUUUCAAUGGAACUGCUGGAGUUUGGAGAAUUAAAGCACUCGAGGAAUCGGGUGGUUGGCUUGAGCGCACAACCGUAGAAGACAUGGAUAUAGCUGUUCGUGCCCACCUCCAUGGUUGGAAAUUCAUCUAUCUUAAUGAUGUGAAGGUCCUCUGUGAGGUUCCGGAGUCUUAUGAAGCGUAUAAGAAACAGCAGCACCGUUGGCACUCUGGUCCCAUGCAACUCUUUCGUUUGUGUCUUCCAUCCAUAAUUACUUCCAAGAUAUCUAUUUGGAAGAAGGCGAACCUGAUAUUGCUGUUCUUUCUCCUCAGAAAGCUCAUCCUUCCAUUCUAUUCUUUCACAUUAUUUUGCAUUAUUCUUCCUUUGACCAUGUUUGUUCCUGAAGCUGAGCUUCCAGCCUGGGUUAUUUGCUAUGUACCUGUAUUCAUGUCAUUUUUGAGCAUUCUUCCAGCUCCUAAAUCUUUUCCCUUUAUUGCCCCUUACCUUCUGUUCGAGAACACAAUGUCUGUGACUAAAUUCAAUGCCAUGGUAUCUGGAUUAUUCCAGUUGGGGAGCUCAUACGAAUGGGUCGUCACCAAGAAGGCUGGUCGAGCCUCUGAGCCAGAUCUAUUAGCUGCAGCAGAGAGGGAAUUAUCUCCACAAUUACAUAGAGGAGCAUCUGAUAGUGGUCUCUCGGAGCUAAACAAACUCAAAGAACAUCAAGAAGCUGCUCCUAAAUCUCCAGCGAAGAAAACUAACAAGAUAUACAAGAAAGAGCUUGCACUGGCUUUCUUGUUGCUGACCGCAGCACUGAGGAGCUUGUUAUCAGCUCAUGGAGUGCACUUUUACUUCCUGCUGUUUCAGGGGGUGUCUUUCCUCCUUGUGGGUCUCGACCUAAUUGGCGAACAAGUGAGCUAAGGGAGGUAGAAAGCAAAUGAAAGGGGAACAUGUAGAUUGAACGAAAAGAUCCAAUAGCAAGAAUACAAGUUCAGAUGGUGUUUGAAGCACAUCAGACCAUGUUGCUGCUGGUGUAAGGCGACAAACGUGUCUUUCUGAAAAAAUCCCGACUCAAAUACAAUUGUUUUCCUGUUUUUCUGCCAUUCAUCAUUGGAUCAUUAUCCAGGGUCAUUUAUGUUGUGUAGCUGUGAUGGGUGUCUGUCAUUCACACAGUUUCCUGUUUACUUUGUUUGCAUUUGGUCUUUUUUACCAUUAUAUUAUUGAUUUGGUGGAUGUUUUUAGAUUAGCCAAUCUUUGUAUCUAAGGGACCAUGAGAAGUAGGCAUCUGUGGCAUGAUGAGGAUUUCCCACAUGUACAACUAUAUAUAUGUAAAUUUGCAUAAACCUUGUGAAAAAUCUGUGUUGUAUGUGAAGAA